GUGUUCGUGCUCAGAGUUCAUUCUGUACGAGGAAGCGCUGACACUCAGGGCCUGUCCAAAUGUGCACAACACUUUUUAAAAAGCGUGUUUUUUGACAACCAAAAAGCUCACCGGUUAUAACGGAGCUGAAAAGAGUUGAUCCAGAAUGCUGGCACACUGUUGCCACUCCUCUCCUCCGUGACACUUUGGAUAAGGACGCCGGCAAGGACACCACGCCACUGCUGCUGAUUCGAACGGGAUAGAACCCCACCGACCGGUCGCCCUUUUUUUAAACGGCCACUUUGGAUCUUCUUAUCUUGUCACGCAUCUCGGAUGUUUCUCUUUGCUUGAACAAGGGUGACUCACUGCAAAGCAGAGGGCGAGCGUCUGCAUCCUAAUCACACAGAGGAGAGGACUUCAGCUCAUUGACAUUACAGUCAGACUUUUCUGGAGCCUUUUUAUUUAUGUAUGUAUUUCCACUGCGCUGCAUUGUAGCCUGCAAAGAAAAAGGGAUGCACCUUUUACGUUUUUAAAUUCAUCAGAAUCCCCAUUGGAACUAUUUUUUGGACUAUUAUGCCAUCUGUAUAGGUGAUAUCAAUUUGCAUUCACAAUGACUAUUCAGUUCGGAGAGUGGAUCACGAUUAUUGCUCAGAUGACUUUGAGUGCGCUGCUGAAUAUAAAUUAGGUGUUCAGCACCACAGAUUGCUGGGAGAAGCAGAGGAGUGCGGCAGAUAAAAUACAGUCCACUAAGGCAAAUAUCAAGAACUCACAUGAUGAACAUUUUUCUUCUGAUGCUAAGUGAGUUGUAACAAAAUAUCAACAGGUCAAAGGCAACGCAACGACAAGACAGCUUGUAGCCACUUACAGAGAGAGGGGAUGUAUCUGUCUAUUUUCUUUUUCCUCCUCUUAUGGGCUCAAGCCCUGACAUUGAAAAACUUGAAUUACUCUGUCCCGGAGGAACAAGGACCGGGGACAGUAAUUGGAAACAUCGCCAAAGAUGCCAGACUUGGCUUGGAACAGAUCGGGCAGGGAGGGCAGGGGAAGAAAGCCAACUUCAGGGUGUUGGAGAAUUCAGCACCGCAUCUCAUUGACGUGGACCCCCAGAGUGGACUGCUCUAUACAAAGCAACGCAUUGACAGAGAAACAUUGUGUAAGAGAAACCCCAAGUGCCAGCUCUCUAUGGAGGUGUUUGCCAAUGACAAGGAGAUCUGCAUGAUUAAAAUAGACAUCCAAGAUAUUAAUGACAACUCACCUAUUUUCCCCUCAGAUCAGAUUGAUAUUGACAUAUCUGAAAAUGCAGUUCCAGGGACACGUUUUCCAUUGACAAGCGCACAUGAUCCAGAUGCAGGGGAAAAUGGUUUGAAAACCUAUCAGAUAACACGUGACGACUACAAUCUAUUUUCCUUGGAGGUAAAGUCACGUGGGGAUGGAACUAAGUUCCCGGAAUUGGUUAUUCAAAGGCCGCUUGACAGGGAAGAAAGAAACCAUCACACUCUUAUUUUGUCGGCCACUGAUGGCGGGGAAUAUCCAAGGUCUGGUACCAUGCAGAUAAAUGUUAAAGUUAUUGACUCAAAUGAUAACAGCCCUGUGUUUGACCAGCCUUCUUAUGUUGUUGAAAUUCCUGAAAAUUCACCUCCUGGUAAAGUGUUGAUCGAUUUAAAUGCCACUGAUCCCGAUGAGGGCAACAAUGGACAAGUAGUCUAUUCUUUUAGUGGCUAUGCCCCAGAGAGAAUCCGGGAGCUGUUCUCCAUAGAUUCCAGAACAGGGGUCAUAAAGAUUCAGGGUGAAAUUGACUACGAAGAGAGCCCAGUUAUUGAGAUUGACGUACAGGCAAAAGACCUCGGCCCCAACCCGAUCCCAGGCCAUUGUAAAGUCACCGUUAAAGUGCUUGACAGGAAUGAUAACUGGCCCUCUAUUGGUUUUGUGUCCGUAAGACAGGGAGCCAUCAGCGAGGCAGCACCUCCAGGCACUGUUAUUGCGCUGGUUCGUGUCACAGACAAGGACUCCGGCAGGAAUGGGCAGCUUCAAUGCAGAGUACUGGGUAAUGUCCCUUUUAAACUAGAAGAGAACUAUGAUAACUUCUACACAGUGGUGACUGACAGACCAUUGGACAGAGAGGCACAAGAUGAGUACAAUGUCACCAUCGUGGCGAAAGACAAUGGCGUUCCCCCUCUAAACUCCACAAAAUCCUUCACUGUAAAGAUUCUGGAUGAGAACGACAAUGUCCCCCGCUUUACAAAGUCAGUUUACCUUCUGCAGAUACCAGAGAACAACAUCCCAGGAGAAUUCCUGGGUUCAGUCCUUGCUCACGACCCGGAUCUUGGACAGAAUGGUACCGUGUACUACAGCAUUAUUAACUCCAAUGUGAGUGGGGGUGAUGUCAACACGUAUGUAAAUGUGAAUGCUGCCAAUGGAGCCAUAUAUGCAGUCAGAUCAUUCAACUAUGAGCAGAUAAAGUAUUUUGAUUUCAAGGUUCUUGCUCGAGAUGCUGGAUCACCACACCUGGAGAGCAAUGCUACGGUGCGCAUCAGUGUUCUGGAUGUUAAUGAUAACAUCCCUGUCAUUGUUCUACCCCUUCUACAAAAUGACACUGCUGAAAUCCAUGUGCCCCGGAAUGUUGGUGUGGGCUACAUUGUCACCACAGUGAGAGCAGUUGACAAUGACUAUGGUGAGAGCGGGAGGCUCACCUACGAGAUCUCUGAUGGGAACGAGGAACAUCUUUUUGAUAUAGAUCCAGUGACUGGUGAGGUGAGAACAGCCCACCCUUUCUGGGACAAUGUCAGUCCCAUUGUCGAGCUGAUUAUCCGUGUUUCAGACCACGGCAAGCCAACCCUCACUGCUGCUGCUCGGCUUAUCAUCAAGGCCUCCAAUGGACAUCCUGCUGAUGGACUGCUGCAUAUAGACGACAAUCAGAACUGGGACAUGUCCCUGCCUCUCAUUGUGACUCUGAGUAUAAUCUCAAUCAUGCUUCUGGCUGCUAUGGUCACCAUAGCAGUCAAGUGCAAGAGGGAAAACAAGGAGAUACGAACUUAUAAUUGUCGAAUCGCAGAAUACUCGCAUCCUCAGCUCGGGAAAGGAAAGAAAAAGAAGAUUAACAAGAACGACAUCAUGCUGGUGCAGAGCGAGGUGGAGGAACGGGAUGCCAUGAAUGUGAUGAAUGUGGUAAGCAGUCCUUCCUUGGCCACCUCUCCCAUGUACUUUGACUACCAGACACGCCUGCCACUCAGCUCACCAAGAUCAGAGGUCAUGUACCUUAAGCCCACUGCCAAUAACCUCAGCGUGCCCCAAGGCCACGUGGGAUGCCACACCAGCUUCACAGGCCCAGUCACCAGCACAACAGACACACCUACUAACCGCAUGUCCAUCAUACAGACGGACAGUUUCCCAACUGAGCCAAAUUACAUGGGAAGCAGACAACAGUUUGUUCAAAGCAGUUCGACAUUCAAAGACCCAGAGCGAGCAAGCCUCAGAGACAGUGGCCAUGGUGACAGCGACCAGGCCGACAGUGACCAGGACACCAACAAAGGCUCCUGCUGUGACAUGUCUGCAAAGGAAGCGCUCAAGUUAAAGGCUUCGGGUGUUAGGCCGCCUCCGUUGGAGCAAGACGAGGACUGUUUGAAUUGUACGGAGGAGUGCCGAGUCCUGGGUCAUUCUGACCGCUGCUGGAUGCCCCAAUUCCCAGCUGGAGGAAACCAAGCAGAGGGUGUUGAUUACCGCAGCAAUAUGUUCGUGCCAGCAGGGAUGGAGAGCGUGCCUGAGACAGAGACCUACGAGACGGUCAAUCCCAAUGGCAAAAAAACAUUCUGUACAUUUGGCAAGGAGCGCCGUGAUCACACUAUUCUCAUAGCAAACGUCAAGCCCUACUUAAAAGCAAAACGGGCCCUCAGCCCACUGCUCCAAGAGGUUCCCUCAGCAUCAGGCAGUCCCGUAAAGGGCUGUUCCACCGCAUCUCCUUGCUCCUCACUCAAGAGUCCGGCUGACGGGGCUGAAGGCAAGCCUCCUCCAGCAACCUGCUCUGGCUACUAUGGACCUCCUGAUGGUCAGUACCUGUCACCCACCAAACAAACCAGAGAGCAAGGGGUCUAUCCACUGUUGCCUCCAUCAGACCCGGUGGCCAAGGUGCUUGCCGAGGCACGCUCCAGAAUCAGCCAAGAGACAAGAGGAGAAAUGGAGUGUGUGCUAGAGCAGGCCGAGCCUGACGAGAGCCGCGAUGGAAUGGAUGCUGACCAGGUGGUUAGAGACAUCGACAAGCUUUUGCAGGACUGCAGAGGAGGAGAGGCCACCGGCACACUCAGGAAGUGAUGCAGAGGACUUCAAAAGAAGAAAGGACGUUGAGUGAGGAAUAGGAAAUCUAUUCCAAAAACUCUCAUGCCAAAACUUGUCACCAAAAGUAACAACCAUUUCAAUUGCUUGUUAGAAGGAGCUCUUCUCAAGGUAUUCAAACAUACCAACACCGGGGCUGACUAUGAGAACAUUUAGCGGCAGUUGCAAUGGCAAAAUCACUAUCAACAAAGAUACCAGGACGUCUUUAUUCUGUCGAAUUUAUAAAUUGCCUGUGUUUUGGAUUUUCAACCAAACACCUCGUAAGCUGUUUAUCUAAGUGCCCACCAGCUCAUGAGUUUGUUUUUCAUGGUCUCUUGUGGAAUCCUGCAUAUCCAAAUGUGUGUAGGGGGAUUUCUGUUAUGUGUGAUGGCCAUAGACGAUGAACGAGAGGACUUUUUAUGGUCAGGCAUGACAAUCUAUAAAUUGACAGUCAAACUGAAUCUAUUGGGACAGAAACGGGACGAUUACAGAAAAAAAACAACCUUGCGUUUGGUGACUUUGAUGUCGGUGUUGAACAUGUGAUGCAUUAUGUGUGUGAACUGGAAGGAAUUGGUAAUCAGGUCUUUGAUGGGAGUUGAUAUUUUUUGAUUGGUUGGUAACAGAACGGACUAAUGUGCCAGAGAAGGAGAAUUUUAAUGUUUUUCACCUGUCGUUUGUAGCCACAUGUGAAAGCUGUGUCUGUCUCACGCUUCUAUUCAAACAUUCAUGAUGCGAACCAGUGCUGCCACACGCACCACUUCUACACGGGCACAACACGGCAACACACUCACGAGCACUGAUGACCUUUCUGCACUACACACACUAAUGCAUAUACACUACUGGCCAUCUGUGUAAUUGUCGUAUACAUGUACAUCAUCAGCUUUCGGUCUCUUGUGUACAGUGAAUUUCUGUGUGUGGUAAUGCCUUAAGGCAAUCACAAGUUGUAUAAAAAGGGACAUUUUUCCUCAACUGUGAAAAAGAAUUAUAUCUAUAUAAUUAUAUAGAUGCCUAUAUGUAAGAAUCCAUGUAAUAAACUAUUUAUACCUUUUUAUAUUAAAAAAAAAAUUGAGGAAAUGAGGAAUCUCAGUGAAAAGUGUCCUUGAGUUAAUACCAAGAGUAGGGUAAUAACUCAAAGAACUACAAAGGACACUGCCUCUGUUUUCAUGACAAAUAUCCAAAAAUGUUAAAGAAAAUGUCCCUUCACAUUAUCACGAUACAUAUUAUCAUUAUGUGUGUAAAUGUAUUGAAUUUAGACGUGUCCACAUAAAAAUACUUUUUUUUUUUUAUUUACUGCAAUUUCUGUGCAUUUGAGCCAAAUUGUUAUGUGUACAAAAGCUAUAUUGUGUAUUUUAUUAAAUUAAUAUAUUGUUGUGUUGCAAUAUACAUGGGCUUAUAUUGUAUUUGGCAACAGUUGCCUUAGUAGCUGUCGAACUCUGUGAGUUUGCUUUAGUUUUUUUUGUUUUGGUUUUUUUUUUGGUGUUUUGUUUUCCUUUAUUUUCUGCAUCUAUGUCGAGUGGCUUCAAUGCUUUUGAGACGUUUUCCCUGAGAUCCAGCUGGAUCUAACACAAUAACUGUUGAAAGCUUAAUGAGCCAGCUAGCUGAUUUACAAUGCAACUCAAAAAACCACCACCUCCCAAAAAAAAAAAAAAAAAGCAAGAA